AGCGUAUCAGCCUGACCCGCAUGCACACCGUUGUUAUCAUUGGAAACGCUACGACUCGCGCACCUCGCCAUCAUCGAGCAUCAUCGCCAUACAUACACUCCGAGCGCGCCCUAUAAGUACCCCAUCCAUGAUCCGCGGGGGGUUUCCUGCUAGUCUCUCGCCUCCCCCUUCUUCACUUCGUGCUCGAAGAUGGCUCCGUCUGCAUGGUCUCUUGGGCUCGUGGGCACGCUCGCUACGGGCGUCGCCAUCUACUCUGUCCUUACCAAGAAGGACCAACUGCCGUACCCGCCGGGGCCGAAGGGCGCACCCAUCAUCGGAAACAUGAACCAACUGCCACACGAGGAGCCCUUCAAGACGUACACGGAGUGGUCCAAGACCUACGGGGAGCUCAUCCACUUGACCGCGCUCGGCAAGCACAUCGUGAUCGUGAACUCGGUGCGGACGGCAAACGACCUGCUGGAGAAGAUGUCGCGCAUCACCUCCGAUCGGCCUGGGAAUACAAUGAUCAAGCUGAUGGCCUGGGACGUGAACGUCGGCCUGAAGCCGUACGGCGAUGACUGGCGCCGCAGCCGCCGCAUCUUCCACCAGCAGUUCAACCUCCCCGCCAUACCCAAACUCCACCCCGUCAUCCUGCGCAAGUCACGCGAGCUCCUGCGCAACCUCCAGGCCGAGCCGACCGAGGUCAUCAAGCACUUUGAGUUCUAUGUCGCAUCGGCGGCGAUUUACUUGACCUACGGGAUCGAGAUCAUGGCGGACCACGACAAGAUCAUGGACGCCACGAUCAGUGCCAUCCGCAUUCUCGACGACGCCAUUUUGCCUGGUUCCCAGCUUCUGGACCUCAUUCCUCCAUUGCGCUACCUUCCGGAAUGGUUCCCGGGCGCGACGUUCCACCGCACAGCAGCCAAGUCUAGGCAGCUGGUGAAGGAGAUGCGCGAAUUGCCCUUCAACGUAGUGAAAGAGCGCAUAGCAGAGGGUACGGCACCGCCAUCGUGGGCGAAGGAGCUCAUCGAGUCUGCAACGAAUGAGGAGGAAGAGAAGUACGCGGAGGGCGUCACCGCGAUGGCCUUCUCUGCCGCGGCCGACACGACCAACUCCACCCUGCGUUCCUUCUUGCUCGAGAUGGUGCGGCAUCCCGAGGUCCAGGCUCGCGCGCAGGCCGAGAUCGACGCCGUCAUCGGCGAGCGCCUCCCAACCCACGAUGACCGCCCGCACCUCCCCUUCAUCGACGCGAUCCUGAAGGAAGUCAUGCGCAUGCACCCCGCCAUCCCGCUCGUCACGCCGCACGACACCACGCAGGACAUCAUCUACGAGGGCCAGUUCAUCCCCAAGGGCACCUCCCUCGUCGCCAACACGUGGUGCAUGGGCUACAACCCGGAGAUGUUCCCCGAGCCCGAGGCGUUCAAGCCGGAGCGCUACCUCGAGCCCGAGCUGCUCAAGCAGGAGCCGUUCACGUUCGGGUUUGGGCGCCGCAUCUGCGUGGGGAGGUAUCUGGGCGAGGCGGUGAUGUGGAUCGCGGCGGCGUCGGUGCUGGCGUGCUUCACGGUCGUGCCGCUGAAGCGCGAUGGGAAGGAGGUGCCGAUCAAGGGCGAUUAUUGCGGGUUCAUGAUUCGUCAUCCGGCACCAUUCGAGUGCAUGCUCGUGCCCCGUAGCGAGGCUCAUAUGGAGCUCAUCAAGAACGCGCCCGACGUUGCCGCGUAAAAAGGCCAAAGGCGCAACCCAUAGCACAGAAUCAGGAUCUGCAUCUGGACAUCGACGGACACCACUGCAUAUACUGUACAGGGUGUUUGUAUUACAAGGGUUCAACCAUAUGGAUUGUAGAUUAGCAACUGGGGAAAGCAUCAUAGAUUCGCUUUGCACAGAUGACUGACGUCGGAA